AGGCUCAGUGCCCAAGAGAUCCAAUUCAGCAUAUCGAUGCUUUGCCUCAUAGACUCGGCACGUUGACUUCCUGCAGAGUGCCAUAUUCUCUGUGAUCAGAAUAACCGCUCAUCACAAAGCUCGCGCAUUCACAGCCGAUUACUUACAAUCACAUUUGACCAGGACGCACCUUGAACUGGAUACCGGCUUUGAGAAGGGAUUGGCAUAUCCUUCUCUGCGAGCUAUCAUCCUUUGUGUUGAGGUUCAGGGGCAAAAUCAUCGGCCAGACUGGUGGCUGUUUCAUUAUUUAACCAAAACUCAAAAUUCUUUUUGGGAAUAAAACGGCAAAAUGACUACACCAACAGCUUCUGGCAACCCAACGAUGGAAACGGUGCAUACGAUAUCCGCCCCGCUUGAUGCGCCUCCUGGAAGUGACGUGCAUCACCCAAGUCAGGGAGAGCAAGGAUCGCAAGCGGAGCAGUCGCAACAGCCGAAUGGAGAGCAACAACAGAAACAAACGCAUCAGGAGCAGCAUGAGGAACACACCGAGGAACAGCAGCAAGGCCAGGAACGACAUGAUGAACAACACGAGGAACAGCACCAGGAGCAUCAACAGGAACAGCGCCCGGUUCAACAUCAUGAACAACAUCAGGAACGGCAGCCCGAAGACACCGGUCCAGCCGUUUUGCAGGUUCCUACCGCUACCAACGGGAUUGUCGAGAGCCAUGGUCACUCACCGCGGGCGAGAAAGGACACCAACUCGUCCAUAUCGACCAUUGCAUCUGCUGCCACAGCUGCUACAUCCUGUAGCGUCAUGUCCCCCCCUGUCCUUACUCCGACAACGUCUGUGCCAACACAAAACAUACUUUCUCUCAAGGACGGGAACGCUCCUUCGUCUUCGAGUCGAAACAGACGGCGGACUGGCCCCUUAGCGCCCGAGGCAAGGGGAAGGGCCGCUCUGAUACGAAAACAAGGUUCAUGUGCAAACUGCAAGAGGAAGAAAAUCGGAUGCGAUGCCCGGCAUCACGGCAUGACUUGGGAAGAACUCGCGCAAAAGUUUCCCAACUCUGCAGAGACGCAACAGCUUGAAACCAUUGUGCCGCCGACCCCUAGAAAUCUUCACACACAAGAAUCACGAAAACUCAAUCUCAGCACCCCUUCGCCAGAAUUUAUGGACAUUGAUUCCUCUCCAACUCAGCAACAGAUCCGUUCAUCGUUCAGCGAGUCGCGCGUCAGAACACCUCUGCCUUCCAAGCCUCGGCAGGACAGGGCAUCAACUGUGUCGUUCCCUCAGCCCAACGGUGGUCUUUCAAACGGUAGCAUUCUGACGUCGAAUUCGCACGGAGCUACAGUCCGGGCUUCCGAAAGCUUUGCGAGGGAUCGUUACAGAAGAGUUUCUGCCUUGUUCCUUCGCUGGCAAGAUGAGGAAGACCCUGCAUUGAUAAAUCCGAUGGACGAGUUCAGAGAAGUCCUUGGAGAGUACUACGACUGCUCAUGCCAAACCAAGAUCAUUCCAUCCGCGGAUCAGAACCACAACAUAUCUAUGUGGAUUUUGGACGAAAUCCUCCAGUUCCUGAAGACGGAUACGGAGGACGAGUUGAAAAUACUCUAUUGGUCAAGUCACAGUUACUUGGACGGCGACCGACAAAUGAUUCUGGCAAGCUCGAGAAACAGCGAGGCGCAACCAGCGUCGUGCGUGCGAUGGUCUGCCAUCCAGGCUCUGCUCGAUCAUGCUUCCCCGGAUGUAGUAGUCAUCAUGGACGCAGCCUACUACCCGAACCAAUAUAGAUUCAUGAGGAGGACCAACCGUUCAUUGGAGCUCCUCGCUGCGUCCACCCAGGCCAACUUGGAGAGAGGCGUCUUCACCCGUGCUUUGAGCGACCAGCUGAGGACCCGAGCGCGGCUGAAGCUUCUGGGGGGUAUCUCAAUCGCUGAUCUUCAUGCGAGAGUUACAACAUCCUCGCUCUUGGCCAUGGGGGCUAGGUUCCAGGAACCGCUCGGCUCGGACAUGGGAGGAAUGUCAUUGCCGCCGCUUAGUAGCUUUCCUCCUGUUCCCUUGCAUCUGCAGUUUGCGGGCAGUCCUAGGACAUCGAGCAUCAUCUUGACUCCGAAGAUGAAGGGGGAUCUAGCGGCAAUGACUGGCACUGACGACGAAGGUAGCGGUGGAAGAAAGGGAGGAGCAGGGGGGCUUGUCUACACGUUCCGCGUCCCCGCGGGUGCAAACCAGGACAUUUGGGAGGAGUAUCUUUCGACGUUGCCCGACGAGACCAAGGAGAGACUGGAGUUCGUGGGGGCAGACUAGGUGGAAGUCAGACGAUCUCGGGCCAGAACGGGGGUUGAAAGCUCCCUGAAAGGAA